AUGAAGCACAAGCUGCUCAAGGAUACAACUGUUCAUGGUAAAGAGAACCAUGGUCAAGAGACAGUAUAUGAGGAGAAUACCAAGUCCUGUGAACAUGAAUAUGGAAAUCACUGCCUCUGGUCUAUUGAACAUAGGGAAGUAAUGAAGGAUGCCAUUGUCAAGAGGCUUAAAGAUCAACUUUUUAUGGCAAGAGCUCAUUAUCCUACUGUUGCAAAAUUGAAGCAACAGGAAAGAUUUACACGUGAACUGAAGCAAAACAUCCAAGAGCAUGAACGCAUGCUGAGUGACACAAUCACAGAUGCCGAUCUUCCACCAUUUUUUGCAGAGAAGCUGGAGAAGAUGGAGCACACAAUUGAGCGAGCCGAGUCUUGUGAAGUGGGAUGCUCGAAUGUUGAACGGAAACUUAGGCAGCUACUUGAUAUAACUGAAGAUGAAGCUUAUUUCCAUACAAGGCAGAGUGCAUUUCUAUAUCAUCUUGGGGUCCAGACUAUGCCGAAACUCACCAUUGCUUGA